AUGGCCGAAUUGACCCCGGGACAAUUCGACCUUGAUAAACCACAAAAAGAAUUUUGGACUCCGAGAUUUACUUUUGGAAUCUCACUUAUGGAAGCGUGCGUUAUUGGUGGAGUAAAUCAUGUUGAGGUUGGAGAAAAAGUUAUAUUGGUUCCAUAUAGGCCCGAACAUGUACCUAAAUACCAUGAAUGGAUGCAAUCACCAUUUCUUCAGGAAAUGACUGCAUCAGAACCAUUAACACUUGAACAAGAAUAUGAGAUGCAAAGGUCUUGGCAUGUCGACGAAAACAAAUGCACAUUUAUAGUAUUGGCAAAGCCGGAGAUAUCACAUGAAUUAACAAAUCAAGAAAUAAAAUCGGCAGAAAUGAUUGGUGACGUGAAUUUAUUCUUUAAUGAUAAUGAUGAUCCGAAUGUCGCCGAAAUUGAAAUCAUGAUAGCAGAACAAUCAUAUCGUCGAUUAGGUUUAGCAAAGAAUGCUUUAUUGUUAAUGUUUCAUUAUGCGAUAAAUGAAUUAAACGUAACAAGAUUUUUAGCAAAGAUUUCUACAAACAACCAACCAUCAAUACAACUAUUUACAAGAAAAUUCGGGUUUGUGGAAAUUAGCUUUUCCAAAAUUUUUAAUGAACAUUCUUUGGAAUUGAAUGUUAGUGAAGAAAUUAGGAAAAAGUUGAUUCAGAAGAUGGCAAACGAACUAAGUGAAUUCGCUAUCAAGCCUCAAAAACAUACCCCGAACUUAAACACGUCGGAAUGGCCUUUACUCUUAAAAAACUAUGAUAAACUUCACGUUCGUACGGGUCAUUACACACCUGUUACUCAGGGAUGCUCACCUCUUAAACGUGAAUUAAAUGAUUAUAUAAGGUUCGUGUUCGCUUAUCGAAAAAGUUCCUCUUUAUUUCCAAAAAUUUUACUUGGAUUAAAUUCGUUAAAUAAAUUCAUUAGAUAUGGAAUCAUCAAUCUCGAUAAACCUGCCAAUCCCUCAUCACACGAGGUGGUAGCGUGGGUACGACGUAUCCUCGAAGUUGAAAAGACAGGGCACAGUGGUACAUUGGAUCCUAAAGUAACGGGUUGUUUGAUAGUUUGUGUAGAUCGGGCGACUCGUUUAGUUAAAUCACAACAAAGUGCAGGAAAGGAAUACGUGUGCGUUGUUCGAUUUCAUGAGGCUCUUGAAUCUGCCAAGAAGUUUGUACAAGGCUUAGAGACUCUCACUGGAGCUCUAUUCCAACGACCUCCUUUGAUUUCUGCUGUAAAACGUCAAUUACGUAUUCGUACCAUUCAUGAAACGAAUUUGAUAGAAUACGAUGAAAAUCGUCACUUGGGUGUGUUUUGGGUAAGCUGUGAAGCUGGAACUUAUAUCAGAACGCUUUGCGUACAUUUGGGUUUGAUCCUUGGUGUCGGUGCUCAUAUGGCAGAACUUCGACGCGUUCGUUCCGGUGCAAUGUCUGAGAAUGAUGAUAUUGUAACAAUGCAUGACGUUUUGGAUGCCAAGUGGGUUCACAAGAAUACGAAAGACGAAACAUAUCUUCGAAGGGUUAUUCGUCCUCUUGAAUCUCUCUUGAUCACCUAUAAGAGAAUUGUUGUUAAAGAUAGCGCGGUCAAUGCUAUUUGUUACGGCGCUAAACUUAUGAUACCAGGUCUGCUUAGGUAUGAGGAUGGUAUUGAGCUUCACGAAGAGAUUGUUCUUAUGACCACAAAAGGUGAAGCCGUCGCUCUCGGUAUAGCAUUGAUGACAACUGCGGUUAUGAGUUCUGUGGAUCAUGGAGUUGUCGCAAAAAUUAAGAGAGUAAUAAUGGAACGAGAUACGUAUCCAAGAGCAUGGGGGUUAGGACCCAAGGCCAUGGAAAAAAAGAAGCUCAUUUUCGAAGGAAAAUUAGAUAAAUAUGGUCGCGUAAAUGAUAGUACCCCUGAAUCUUGGAAGACUUCAUUUGUAGACCUCAGUGCAGUUGGUACCAGGAACGAUGAAGCACCAGCGAAUUUAAUUUCUACUACGCCGUCUACAUCUGCAGGAGUUUCAACCCCUGCUACUGAGCCAGUAGAAGGUGGAACAAGUACAGCCGUGAAGAGGAAAGCUGAAGAAGAAUCAGAUGUUCCUGAAACAGAAGGAGGAUCCAAAUCAUCGAAGAAAGAAAAGAAAGCAAAGAAGGUUAAGAUUAAGGAGACAAAGAGAAAAUCAGAUGAAGAUAGUGAUAUUGAAGAAAAGACAGAAAAGAUUUCAAAAAAGAAAUCUAAGAAAGAAAAGAAGUCUGACGUAUCUGAACGUGAAUUUUUUUUAUUGACUAUAAUGUUUGCUGAGCAAGAUUCUCGAGGAGACGCUCCCAAGCGUGAUUUGAGCAAAACUGUCAAGGCUAGUGCUGAAGACGACGAUGUAUCUCAGCCUGAUAUAAAGAGAAUUCGCGUCGAGCCUUCGGCUACUAACGAUCUUUAUCUGGACACCAUAAAUCGGCAUAUGUUGGACUUUGACUUUGAAAAAGUCUGCUCGGUUUCUUUGUCAAACUUAAACGUAUAUGCGUGUUUGGUGUGUGGUAAAUAUUUCCAAGGUCGAGGACGUCAAUCACACGCGUAUUUUCAUAGUCUACAUGAGAAUCACCACGUUUUCAUCAAUUUACAUACUCUUAGGGUAUACGUUUUACCUGACGGAUACGAAGUCAAUGAUUCAUCGUUAGAUGAUAUUAAGUAUGUACUCCAUCCAAUCUUUACGAAAGAACAAGUCGCGAAAUUGGAUCAAAAUAUAAGACAUUCAUAUGACUUAAAUAACAAAAAAUAUUUGCCAGGUUUUGUAGGUCUUAACAAUGUAAAAGCCAACGAUUAUGUUAAUGUUAUAAUACAAGCGUUGGCGCACAUUCCACCCCUUCGAGAUUUCUUCAUCUUGCAAAAUUUUGAAUCCAAGUCUCAAUUGGUGCAAAGGUUCAGUACUCUAGUUAGAAAAAUUUGGAAUCCCAGAGCAUUUAAAGGCCAAGUCAGCCCACACGAGUUACUUCAAGAAAUUGUUAACGCAAGCGGCAAAAAAUUUAAACUUGCUGAACAAAGUGAUCCUCUUGAAUUUCUUUCCUGGUUUUUGAAUACGUUGCAUAAAGAUUUAGGUGGAACGAGAAAACCAAAGUCGAGUGAGGUCAAAGUUGAAGCACAAUCGGUUCUUAUAAAAGAUGAUGCUGAUGAAGAAGAACGAUUGUUGUUCGAUCUUGACAGAGAAAUUUCGGUCAAUAUAUCACCUUUUCUAUUUUUAACAUUGGAUUUGCCUGCACCUCCCCUGUUCAAGGAUGGGGUUGAAAAGAACAUUAUCCCUCAGAUUGCUUUGACAACGAUACUUGCUAAAUAUGAUGGUCGUACUUCUCAAGAAUCGGUUGGAACCUUGAAAAGGUUUCAACUGACUCGUCUACCAAAUUAUAUCGUUUUUCAUAUCAAACGCUUUACUAAAAAUAAUUGGUCUGCAGAGAAAAAUCCAACAAUUGUUAACUUUCCAAUCAAAAAUAUUGACAUGAGAGAUUACCUUGAGAAUCCGGAUGAUGAAAUGCUUGAUACUCACUAUGAUUUAAUCGCGAAUAUUUGCCAUGAAGGUAGACCAGGCAAGGGUAAUGGUAUUUAUAAAGUUCAUGUUCAGCAUCGUGGCAAAGAUCAAUGGUAUCAAAUUCAAGAUUUAAUUGUUGAGGAAAUCAAUGCACAAAUGAUUUUUUUAUCCGAAAGCUAUAUUCAGAUAUGGGAAAGAAAAGAGCAUGACUUGUGUUAA